GCAAUCUUCCCAGCCUCCAAAAUUUCCAACCAGCAUUGUUGACCUAGAAGAGCAUGGCUAUAGCUUAUGUCAUUGGGCUUUGACUGGAUUGUUUUCUUUCUCCUUUCAGUUCUGGCAGUAUGGAGAGUGGACAGAUGUUGUUGUUGAUGAUCGAUUGCCGACCAAAGAUGGAGAAUUACUUUUUGUUCACUCAGCAGAGAGAAAUGAAUUCUGGAGUGCUCUACUGGAGAAGGCCUAUGCCAAGGUGAAUGGUUCCUAUGAAGGUCUUUCAGGGGGAAGCACUACUGAGGGCUUUGAAGACUUCACUGGUGGAAUUGCAGAGUGGUAUGAGCUGCAGAAAGCACCACCAAACCUGUUCAAAAUAAUCCAGAAAGCUCUUCAGAAAGGUUCUCUCCUUGGGUGUUCUAUUGAUAUCACAAAUGCUGCCGAAACUGAGGCAGUCACAACCCAGAAGCUGGUCAAAGGGCAUGCGUACUCUGUCACAGGAGCUGAAGAGGUGAAUUUCCGAGGCAGCAUGCAGAAACUGAUCCGGAUCCGAAAUCCCUGGGGAGAAGUUGAAUGGACCGGAAAAUGGAAUGAUAA